CUUGUAAAAUGUAAAUUAUCUUCAGAGAACUGAGAAGUUCCAACCAAACCAUAACCAAACAAUCAAAACAACAAAAUAUGAUUACAAAAUCAUAAUAAUUACCAAACAAACAUCACAUUACCAUGGAGAUUAGAUUGAACUAUAGUUAUGAAGUGUUGUGAAUUAUCAUAAUAGAAGAAUAUGUGUACGCGCGAACAGUAUACGAAAUGUACAUUUGCAAGUUUUGAAAAAUUGGAAUUCACACGAUGGCCUACGCAGACAGUACAAAGAACAAGAAACUAUUCCAAAAGACUAGCAGUUUUAACAGAUCUUUUAUAUGUGAUCACUGCGGGAAGGAUUUGGUGUACCGAAGUAAAGCCAUAAAACAUCUAGAAAGUUGUGGACCCAACAGGACCACUUGUAUAUGGUGUAAGAUAGUAUUUAAAAACCGUGGCAAUCUAGCAAGGCAUGCGUUUUUCGUUCACGGAGACCAAAGUGCGAUACGACCAGCUUUGCUGACCAACAAAUGUGAGGUUUGUUCCCAAUGCUUCCGUAGCCCCAAUAACCUAAAAUAUCACAUACGCAGCGUUCACUUCAACUUAAGAGCUAAGAUCAUGACGUAUGAUAAUAAGGAAAUCAAUGAGGUAUGGCACGAGAAAGUGUACAACACGUCCAAGAUAGUCGAAAUUAAGAAAGCUGCUAACAACUUAUUCCUGAUACGAAAACUGGAAGAUGACACCAAAGUGACAGUCCAAGACAGCGGCAGUGUCAUAGACUUAAGCGAAGUGUACCCGACUAGACGGUGUGUCGACCAGUGUCAUAUAUGUAAGAAGAUCCUGUUGAAACGAGAUUUGAAGAAGCAUUAUGACGAAUGUCAUUUCCAAAUCAAGAAGCAUGUAUGCAAUAAUUGUAAUAAAGCCUUCAAACGCUCCGUACUUUUCGUCCGGCAUGUCUGUCAUGCGAAGAGAGGCAGACGGAAGCUUGUACUAUAGUUUGAUGAUACGGGUCUGCCCGCGAUUAACUUGUUUUUUCGCAAUUUGUAAACUAAUAUGACAAUACGGCUUAUGGUAUUCUAAUUGCGCCAAUGGCAGUGUCAUCUUCACAGGGUUACAUAACAAUCUCUACUUGAAAGGGUCCAGUUUAAGAUUUAAACAAGUGUAAAUUAAAAAUUUAUAACACCCCCGACAAGUGAAGGUUACAGUAACUAG